AGCCCUCCCAAACAUGCUAAACAAGAAAGUAAAAGAAUAACAGGCAUGGCAUCCCGAUCGCUACUCUUCACGCUCCGACGGAAAUGCAUAAUCAACAGCGAAUUUGGAUCUCUGUGGACCCUAGAGAAAGGGAAGUUUGGUAGAUUUCUCUCUUCCGGUGCGCUGAAUAGCGAAGCUGUUGAAGAGGAAUCGAAUUCAAAGGAGAAUGAAGACCACUUGAGGAGUAGAAUCCUUAGACUGAGACUUCCAAAGCGAAGCGCCACUAAUAUCAUACAGAAAUGGGUCAACGAAGGGAACAUUGUGACGGCCUGUGAGCUCAGAAGCAUCUCUAAAGAGCUUAGGAAGUCCCAGCGUUACAAGCAUGCUCUUGAGAUAUCAGAGUGGAUGGUUACAAAUAAAGAGUUUGAGUUAUCAGACUCUGACUAUGCAACUCGUAUUGACUUGAUGACAAAAGUUUUUGGUAUUGAUGCUGCGGAACGCUAUUUUGAAGGUCUACCUGUCUCGGCAAAAACUAGCGAAACCUAUACUGCACUCCUUCACUCUUAUGCUGGGUCAAAAUUACUAGAAAAGGCUGAAGAGCUUUAUGAGAGAAUAAAAGGAUCAAACCUGUCCUUCACUGUUCUCCCAUAUAAUGAGAUGAUGACUCUGUAUAUGUCAAUAGGGCAGGUGGAGAAAGUCUCAUUAGCUGUUGAAGAACUGAAAAGUCAGAAGGUUGCCCCUGACAUCUUCACUUACAAUCUAUGGAUAAGUUCAUGUGCUGCAACUCUAAAUAUUAAUCAAGUUAUGAGGAUAUUGGAUGAAAUGAGCCACAAUCCUGGUUGUAAUGAUGAUUGGCUUAGAUACAUUGACAUUGCCAAUAUAUAUGUUAAAGCAGGUCAUCUUGUGAAUGCGGAGUCCAGUACCGUUGUUGAAGCAGGGAAGGGUAUCAUGCAAAGAGAAUGGAUAACAUAUGACUUCCUUAUCAUUCUGUAUGCAGGUUUACGAAACAAAGAUAAAGUUGAUCAAAUAUGGAAAUCCUUAAGAAUGACUAAACAAAAAAUGACAAACAGAAACUUCAUUUGCAUCCUUUCUUCAUAUCUGAUGCUUGGACAUGUGAACGAAGCGGGAGAAGUUCUUGAUCAGUGGAAACAGUCUACUAUUACAGACUUUGAUAUCACUGCUUGUGGAAGGCUUUUGGAUGCAUUCUCAGAUGCUGGAUUAAGUGAAAUUGCCAACAAGUUCCAUGUGCUUCUGAUUGAAAGGAAUUUUGAUCUCACCAAUUUAUCGAAGUGAUUCCCAGUUUAUUUUAGCCAAUGCCACACUGUGCAGGGAACAUCAUUGAUACGUGUCAAUUCAGGAGAGAGAAUAAAUACUAUUGUAGUUCUUUCCACUCUGUUUAUUGUUGACUAUCUAGACUACCAGUUUUCCACACUUUGGUAUCACCACUACUCUCUCUCUCUCUCUCUCUCUCUUUCUCUCUCUCUCUAACAUGACUUAAAUGAGUGGGAUUGGAUUGGAUGAAGAGAACCUUUUUGUAAUUUAGGUACUCAAAAAAGGGAAAUAAAUGCAGUUGGUGUUGCUA